UUAUUGAUGUAUCCAUAACUUGUCGUUGUAUAGAAGAGAGCUGUCAUAAUCAGAAGCUGAUUUUAGUUAAAAUCAUUUGAAGUGAUUGUUUUGGAAAAAAGUCUUGCAGAGUGGCAUCUUGGAACUGAAGCAUUACAAAGAUGUUAUCACCUGCACUAUUAAAUAUUUUAAGCAGGGGCAUUUCUACAACAGCUCCUGCAAGUAGAAUAAUCAAACUAAGUCGAUUAAGAGUAGUGGAUAAUAGCGAAAUAGGAAGGCUAGCUAUGAUGGAGGGUAAACCACCAAGAUGCAUACACGUCUAUAAUAAAGUUGGAGUUGGAUAUAUUGGAGAUAGAGUUUUAGUCGCAAUAAGAGGUGAGAAAAAGAAAGGUAUAUUAGUUGGAUUAAAAGAAAAUCAGGUUCCCAAAAUUCCCAAGUUUGAUAGCAACAAUUUAGUGCUAAUAGAUGAUAAUGGGACACCUUUAGGUACAAGAAUACAAGUACCUAUUCCACACAUACUUAGAACAAAAAUGAAGGAGAAAACCCACACGAAAGGAGCAGAUUAUACUAAACUAUUAGCAAUUGCAUCUCGAUUUGUGUAAUGUAUUUUGUUUACUAUUACAAUGUAAAUGUAUCGUAUAAUUCAAUAAAAUGUUAAUAUUAUAAUUAUCUACUGAAA